AUGCCCAUUGCCAACACCAACGCCGCAGCGCUAUUGACGCUCCUUGCGUUGACACUCGGUUACCACCUUCGCACAUGGCCCCUUGUGGACCUUCUCCUUGAAACUCUUUUUGCCGUGAUUGUCUACCGCUUGACCUUGCAUCCACUGGCCAGCUACCCAGGACCCUGGCUGGCCGCCGCCACAGACUGGUACAACAUCUACUACUGCUUCACGGGCGAUCGACACCUAGACUUCUACCGACUGCACGAGAAAUACGGAUCAGCCGUACGAUAUGGCCCCAAUCGCGUGUCAUUCCGCUCGGCAACCGCCCUGGCUGACAUCUACGGCAGCCAAGCCAACACACAAAAGUCAGCCGUCUACAGCGCCUUUACCCACUUCUUCACCGUCCCUGCCAGUCUAACCACCAUCGAUCGAAAAGCCCAUGCCUUCAAGCGGCGUGUCACCAGCCGAGCCCUAAACCCACGUGCCGUGCAGGAUCUCGAAGAGCUGAUCCUGCAGAACGUGCGCGCCCUGUGCACCGCCCUGACGAUCCCAGCGGAUCCCUACCCAUCGAAGAACAAUGAGGAUCCAACUACCGAGAAGGAUCCCUCCUCCUCCUGGGGCCGUCCCCACGACCUCACCACAACAAUCAAAUGCCUCCUCAGCGACAUCAUGGGCGACGUGACCUUCUCCCGUCACUGGAACAUGCAAUCCAGCCCACGUAACCGCCACAUCCUAUCCCUAAUGGCCCAAGGCACCCGCGGCAUAAACCUAGCAGGCCACAUGCCCACCCUCCUCAAACUCCACCUCGACCGUCUCUGCUUCCCCACUCUAACCCGCGGCGUGCAGCAAUUCUUCCAACUUUCCGAAGAACAGUCCUCUUGGCGCGCCGCUCAGCCCCCCGAUACCUUGCCGCAUCGGGACCUCUUCGCCUCGCUCCUCGACGCCCGCGACCCACAUUCGGGCCAGGGCUAUACUCCGCGCGAUUUAAUUGCCGAAGCGGGCUUUUUGAUCAUUGCCGGUACUGAUACUACGGCGACAACUAUCACUGCCACUUUGUUCUAUCUGCUGCAUAACGGGGAGGCGUAUGUCCGCGCACAGACCGAGGUUCGUGCUGCUUUUAAGGAUGUCGAAGAUGUCCGGAUUGGACCUGCUCUGGCGGGGUGUGGGUUUCUGUAUGCUUGUGUAAAUGAGGCGCUGCGGUUGAAUCCACCUGUUAGUUCGGUUCUGCCGCGCCAGGUGCUGGAGGGGGGGUUGGUGGUUGGGGCAAUGGAUGAUAAGCAUGGUGGUGGUGCUGAUCGUAAGUACUUUGUGCCGGAGGGGACAGAUGUCGGGGUGCCGAUGUAUGCCUUACAGAGGGAUGCUCGGUACUGGGUUGAUCCCCAUGCGUUCAGGCCGGAACGCUGGCUGGGGGUGGAUGCUGAGGAUGGAGGUGUCACAGCGUAUGCGCCGUUCGGGGCGGGACGGACAAGUUGCGUGGGUAAGUACCUUGCGUAUCAAGAGAUGGGGAUUAUUCUCGCUAGGUUGUUGUGGUUGUUUGAUAUACAGUUGUAUUCCGUUCAUGAGAAAGAGGGGAACAAGAAGAAGGGGGAUGCGGCAUGGGGAAGGAACCGGAGAGAUGAGUUCCAGACACGCGAUGUGUUUACCAGUUCGCACGAGGGACCAGUUGUACAGUUCCGCAGAAGAAUUUAA